GUUAUUAGUUUAUUCUUGCAGAACAUUUCUCGGCUGCUGCUGGCCGGGUAUAUCGCGUUCAUCAAACCAUUUUCCAACAACAGUAGCAGCGCCAGAUUGCAUCGUGUGUGUUUUUGCUGGUGCAUGCUGCACGCGAUUGAUAACGCGCCCAGCGAGAAAUAUCUGCAAGAAAUAAAGUUAGGGAUUGGUUUUUGUUUGGAUAUUUUAUUUUACUAUUCAUAUCUUGCGCAUUGGAAACGCCGCGUCGCUGUGAUCGUUACAACGCUUUUCCUUGUGUGCAUGCGCAGAUGAACAAUUAAUUCGUCUCCAUUUGGUAGUACUUUGCAGUUUUAAAAAUGCUGGCGCAGCAUAUGUUGCAAAGUGUUAGCAUAUUGACCGCUGCAGUUAUUGUUUAUGCUACGCCAUUAUUACCAUUGGAAUCGGAUCCCGAUGCUCACGGUUAUUUGCAAAAAUUCGGUUAUCUGCAAAAACCUAAUCCCGAGACGGGCAGCAUCAUUGACCAUGAGCACUUUGCCGAUGCGGUGAAGACCUUUCAGACGUUCGCUAACUUACCCAUAACCGGUGUGUUGGAUGCGGAAACUAAGCGCAUGAUGGCCGCACCUCGAUGCGGUGUACCUGAUGUUGUGGAUGGCGAAACACCGCCGCCUAGCGGACAGACUCAUAAGCGCCGCAAGCGUUUUGUCCUGCAGGGCAGCAAAUGGAAGGUCAAGGAUUUGACGUGGUCAGUUUCGCAGAUGACCAGUCAGUUGAACCGCGGUGAUGUGGAGUCGCAACUUGCUCGCGCUUGGAAGAUAUGGUCUGAUAAUUCGGAUCUGACCUUCACCAAAUCAAACGGCGGGAAUGUGCACAUCGAUGUGCGAUUUGCGAAAUUCGAGCACGGCGACGGCGAUCCUUUUGAUGGACCUGGGAAAACACUUGCUCAUGCUUACUUUCCACAAUACGGUGGUGACGCUCAUUUCGACGAAUCCGAAUCGUGGACAACCGGAAGAUAUGGUACGAAUUUAUUCCAAGUCGCCGCGCAUGAAUUCGGACAUUCCCUGGGCCUGUCCCAUUCUAAUGUCCGCUCCUCCCUGAUGGCCCCGUUUUAUCGCGGCUACGACGAUAACCUCCAACUGGAUCCCGAUGAUAUCGCCGCCAUUCAGGAUAUUUAUGGGCCACCUAGUUUCGGUCGCAACCGUAUUUCCGUGUCGCAGCCGGCAUCCACACCGGCACCACCCCCAACGCGACCACCCGCACCGACCGCCGUCCGUCCGCGUCCGUACAUUCCACAGGGCCCCGGUGUCAGCGUCUGCCAAUCGCCCACCGUCGACGCCAUCACCGUGACAGCGGAUGGCAUCACGUACGCGUUUAAAGACGAUAUGUACUAUCAGCUGACCGAUUACGGCGUGGAAAUCGGCUAUCCCAGAAAAAUAGCCGAGGAUUGGUUUGGCCUACCCGGAAAGCUCGAUGCUGCGCUGACGUGGAGUGACGGAAAAACAUUCUUCUUCAAGGGAGACAAGUAUUGGCGAUUCGAAAACAAAAUCCCGAAGAAAGGUUAUCCAAAAUCAAUCAGUAAAGGCUUCGCCGGCAUCCCUAAUGAUAUCGAUGCGGCUUUUGUUUGGAGCGGAAACGGAAACACAUAUUUCAUUAAAGGCACGCAGUAUUGGCGCUACGACAGCACCGCAUCCAGUCCUGUGUCCAGUGACUAUCCAAAAUCGUUGAGUACAUGGAGCGGUCUUCCGCCCCGUAUUGACGCGGCCUUCCAAUGGAAAAAUGGCAAAACCUUCUUCUUCUCGGGCCCCAAUUAUUACCGCUUCAACGAUAAGAAAUUCGCAGUAGAAGCGGAUUAUCCACGGCCCAACGAUGUCUGGUGGUUCGGUUGCCGGUCAGAUAAUAAAAAAGACUUUGUCGCCUCCGGCAACACCAUCGAUAGCGUUUUUAAACCACUUAGCGCGCGUUUCCCUUAUCACCCGUGGUUCUCGAAAAUAGUUCCUUCGUAUGCAUUCCCGGAUAACCAUAUUGACGACGCAAUGGAGGAACUCAACGAUAUGGGUGUGCGGCCGAAGGAGGAGCAGGUCGUCAACGUAUCAGUCGACGAACAACUUCCGGUGGCGCAUGCCCAAAUGGUAGAGUCGCAUCCUAUAACCAUCAGUGCAUCUGGUAAAAUUGGUAUUUCUUUCCUGAUGAUUACAUUAAUACUGGCCCUUCAAAAGUUGUUAGCGAUGUAAAUAAUUUGAUACUUUGUUAUCUUGUGAUAGUUGACAAAACGGUUCUGAUUGAACGCGAUCAUAGGUGCUAGUAUUUUGUUCGGUAUUUGGUUUUUUAUACAGAUUGUUCCCCUGUUACUGGUACAAACUUAUAUGAAGUUUUAUUAGAAAUGUGAUUAUUUUUUGUUGAAUUUACGAACACUCCGUGCGGAUGCAAAUAAAUUUAUCGGAUUAUUAUUGUCAA